ACAAAACAAAGAAGAAUGGAGGUUGGGAACUGCUCAGCCACUGAGUUCCUUCUCUUGGGAAUUACCAAUAACCCUGUAAUGAAGGUGAUUUUAUUUACUGCUUUUCUAAUUGUUUAUCUCAUUAUUCUCAUUGAAAAUCUUGGAAUGAUUGCAUUGAUCAGAAUGGACCCCCAGCUUCACACUCCUAUGUACUUUUUCCUCAGCCACCUCUCUUUCUCUGACAUCUGCUAUUCUACUGCAGUUGGCCCCAAAAUGCUGGUGGGCCUUGUGGCCAAGAGCAAACCAUUUGUUUGCUGUGCUCUUCAGUUCUUCCUUUUCUGCAUUUUUACAGAUGCUGAGUGUGUGUUGCUGGCAGUGAUGGCUUUUGAUAGGUACAAGGCCAUCAGUAACCCCUUGCUAUAUGCAGUAGACAUGUCCAGAUUGGUAUGCUAUCAGCUCCUGGCUGUGGUUUAUCUGGUUGGAAUGGUAGAUGCUUUGACACAUACAACAUUGACAUUUCGCUUGUGUUUCUGUGGGUCCAAAGAGAUCAACCAUUUCUUCUGUGAUGUCCCUCCUCUACUAUUACUGUCUUGCUUAGACACAGAGGUCAGUGAACUAGUCAUAUUCACCCUAUUUGGAUUUAUUGAGCUGAGCACCAUCUCAGGAGUCCUUGUCUCUUUUGGUUACAUCAUCUCAUCAGUCUUGAAGAUCCAUUCUGCUGAGGGGAGGUUCAAAGCUUUCUCCACCUGCACCUCCUAUCUGACUGCUGUUGCAAUUUUCCAGGGAACAAUGCUCUUCAUGUAUUUUAGGCCAAGUUCUGCUUAUUCCCUGGAUCAAGACAAAAUGACCUCAUUGUUUUAUACUCUUGUGAUCCCCAUGCUUAACCCCCUGAUUUACAGCCUCAGGAACAAGGAUGUAAAAUCAAGUGCAAAAAAACACUUGAGAGGUAGAGUUGCAAUUUAA